AACCGGACGCAGCCACUGAAUUUCCAGCGGGCAAAAAGUAGCCGCCUAUCGCCUAUUGGGCGCGAGAUCUCGGCUCCGCGAAAGCGUCCACUGACAGCUCUGUGCUACCACUACCCCUCUUAGACGCUGCAACAAGCCUGUCAAUUAGCACUUCAAGGGAAUGAUUGAUGCAAAGGCCCAGGAGGUCAAUGCCGCCAACCAAUCUCCUGCGGGUUCCUUGCAUGUUGCCCCAACUGUCUCAAACCAGCACGACCCCGGGCACGUGAAAGGGGAGAGGAGCAUCGUUCCGCUAUACGCGGGACAGGAAACAGCUCCAGACUCGGGGCUGCAAGAAGAGGAGGAGGAGGAGGAGGCUGCAGCUGCCGCGUAUCAGGACUGCGACUCGGAAGUUCUGGAGGCUCUGGAGGACGAAGCAGACCUAGAGAGCGAAGACGAAGAAGAUCUAGACCGGCUUGUGAGGGAGGCCGAGAUCUCAUACCCACCCGCACGAGUGAAAGCUCUUGUUCGUGAGCUCAAGCAAGGCGGUCUGGUCGCCUUUCUGCGGCAGAACAUCUCAGACACAACACCAAUUCUCCACUUCCUGGUGACGCUCGGCGUACUUCUGCCGAAGUCUUUGCGAGAUCCUGGAGUAGAUCGAGAUGUACUUCUUUCCCUGCUGAAGAUUGCCCUACAUCGGCUGCUGCAGCGGCGGGAGAAGCUUCCCCAGUACAAUACCCUAGAAGACGCACUAAGCUUGCUGAGGGACUCUCGCAGUACAAUCGUGCUUUCAGGAGCAGGCAUUUCGACGUCCUGUGGGAUUCCCGACUUUCGCUCUCAAGAUGGUAUCUACGCCCGUCUGCAACGCGCGGGAGAGUACCAGCUAGAUGACCCGCAGGACAUGUUCGACAAGGACGUCUUCCUCUACCGCCCGCACGUCUUCUACUCGUUCGCCAAGGAUAUCUACCCGUCGAAUUUCAGACCUUCAUCCUCGCAUCGCUUCAUUCGCCUCUUGGAGGACAGAGGUCAAUUGCUGAGAAAUUACACGCAGAACAUAGACACCCUCGAGCAGGCCGCAGGCAUUCGCAAGGUGCUCAACUGUCACGGCAGCUUCGCCACCGCCAGUUGUGUGACAUGCUCGUUCCAAGCACCUGGAGCUACAAUCAAGGACGACAUCUUUGCGCAAAGAGUGCCGAACUGUCCGGCCUGUCUGCAAAGGCGGCAAGAGUCAAAGGGAAAGAGCAAGAAGCGAAGAAAGCUCGAAGGAGGUAAGGCUUCCCAACGGCGAUCUGACUUUGGCGCUGGAGAUUCUGAUGCAGACGAUGACGAGAACGAUGAUGGCAAGCACACCUCGAUCAUGAAGCCCGACAUUACCUUCUUCGGAGAGAAGCUCUCCUCGACAUUCGAGCAUUGCCUCCUCUCUGACCGUGGUCAGGCUUCUCUCCUGGUCAUCAUUGGUACUUCGCUCAAAGUAGCACCCGUAUCUUCGGUGGUGGGUCAUCUGCCUCACAGUGUACCGGUGAUACUCAUCAACAAGACGCCAGUACUCCAUGUAGGAGUCGAUAUCAUGCUGCUUGGAGAUGCAGAUGGCAUUGUCGAGUGGCUUUGUAGGAAGCUGGGAUGGAAGCUACCCACGCCCCAACCCGACAAGGCUGUCGUGGGAGAAGAUUCAGUCGCUGAAGCCGUUGGCAAAAGCGAGGGUGAUGAGAGCGAGGUGGAAAGUAGCGAGCCGGACUGGGAACCAAAGAGAUUCAGAGAUACGUGAGUUUUUGACCGAGUCAGGCCGAGCGAGGUCACAAUGCGAUAACCUUUGCACUUUCUUCAAAUCGGUGCAGUCAUAUCUGGCUCUUCCCGGGUGCUGAGCUUGGCCCACUGGAGGGCCAGGAGUCGGGGGACGAAGAAGGAGAUGGAGACUCGACAGAUGGCAGCGACAAGGAGGAAGAGACAUCAUUCAAUGGCGAAGAGAAAGGGGAGGGCGAGAACAGCGAGCAAGGUGUAGAGGCAUAGAAUCAUGAAGUUCAUUUCUUAGACAUCAAGCUACUCAAUGUAACAACAGCCUCUGCAACGUUCGCAGGAACGGAAGGAGGGGCGGCAAUGCUCCAUCAGAGGAGGCG